AGUUUAUAAUAUGGGAUAUAGUGCCUCACAUUUAUUGUAAAAAAAGAAAAUACUUGUUGUUAGCAACCAGCACAACUAUUAACCACGAUUCAUAACUUUAAUAUAAAUAUUUUGAUUUACCACAGUAGCCACACAUUCCAACCAACUUUUAAAUUAAAUUUCAACACGUACUCUAAGUACACAACAUCUAUUUUCGUCGUCAUCAUUAACAGCGCCAGCGUCACCUAAUACGAAAAGGUUCCAACAAACAAUUCCAUUGUAUUCGCUACAAAGUCAACGCAAAAUGGGUCGUCUAGGUAAAAUUGAUCCAAGUUCUUACUCCCAACCAGAAUUGAUUACCACACAACACAGUGUCUUGAACUGGAAGGUAGAUUUUGAAAACACCAAGUUGAAGGGUUCAGUUACCCAUCGUUUUAAUGUAUUGGAAAAGGAUUUGCCUGCUAUUUUGUUGGAUGUGCGUGAUGUUAAAGUUUUGAAUGCUGAAAUAGUUUCUGGAAAGUCUUCCAUUCCACUAAACCACUUUGUUAGCGAUCCAGUUGAUGAUAUUGGUGCUAAACUUACUUUGGAAUUACCACAGGGUACUGCUACCGGAGAGUAA